AUGGAAGAAGAGGAAGAACAAAAAGAGACAAAAAUAUCUGAUAGUCGUGAAAUGAAGAAUAGUGGUGUGGAACAAGUUCUUGAGAGUCCUCCAAAGGAAAAUGUGAAUGCUGCUGGCAGUGACAUUGGGGAUGAACAGGCAAAUGAUUCCGCAGGUAAAGAUAUGGACGAAGGUGGCCAGUUUGAGCAGUUAUCUUUGAGAGAUCAUAAGAAGGAUAAUGAGCAUGCGGAUUCAAACUGGCAUUCAAGUUCGGAUAAUGUACCACACCAAUUUGGUGGAAAUGCAGAAGAUUCCAAUUAUUCAUCUGAGAUGUACUCAAGAGAGGGUAGUUCUUCCCCAGUUGCUGGCAUGCAACAUGGUCAUCUUUCUUAUAGCCCUGGGUCAGAGGGGCAUUUUGAUCACGUGGACAAGGAGUAUGCUCCAUCAGUUAGUUAUGGUUCACCUGUAUUUUCUCCUGUUAGUUCUCCACAAAAGCUUAGGGACAAAAACGCUGGGUCAAAUACGUCUGCAGAAUUAUUGCACUUAAUUGAUUCAGCUAUCAUGGGGAAACCUGAAGGUAUGGAGAAACUGAAGAACAUUGCGAGCGGUGUAGAAUUUUUCGGGAAUGGUGAAGAAAUGGAGAGAGUGUCUUUCUUAAUAGUGGAUUCGCUUCUUGCAACAAUGGGUGGCGUUGAAAGUUUUGAAGAUGACGGUGAUAAUCCUCCUAGUGUAAUGCUGAACUCUCGGGCGGCCAUUGUGUCGGGUGAACUGAUUCCUUGGCUUCCUUAUGUAGGCGAUUCAGAUGUUGCAAUGUCGCCCAGGACACGAAUGGUAAGGGGACUACUUGCCAUAUUACGGGCAUGCACUCGAAACAGAGCCAUGUGCUCGAUGGCUGGUUUGUUGGGAGUACUGUUGAGAACAGCAGAAAAAAUUUUCACAGUAGAUGUUGGCUUAAAUGGCCAAAUAAGGUGGGAUGGAACUCCUUUGUGCCGCUGCAUACAAUACUUGGCUGCACAUUCUCUCAGUGUUAGUGAUCUUCAUAGAUGGUUUCAAGUCAUUACAAGAACACUUACCACAAUUUGGGCACCUCGCUUGGUGCUUGCGUUGGAAAAAGCAGUAAGUGAUAAGGAAUCAAUUGGACCAGCUUGCACUUUCGAGUUUGAUGGCGAAAGUUCUGGUUUGCUUGGUCCAGGUGAGGGCCGCUGGCCAUUCGUCCAUGGGUAUGCAUUUGCAACUUGGAUCUACAUUGAAUCAUUUGCCGACGCACUAAAUACAGCUACGGUUGCUGCAGCGAUUGCUGCGGCUGCAUCUGCUAAGUCAGGUAAGUCAUCGGCUAUGUCAGCUGCUGCAGCAGCUAGUGCGCUUGCCGGUGAAGGUACGGCACACAUGCCAAGGCUAUUCAGUUUUUUAUCUGCUGAUAACCAGGGUAUAGAGGCUUAUUUUCAUGCUCAAUUUUUGGUUGUUGAAAUUGGUUGUGGAAAGGGAAAGAAAUCCGCUUUACAUUUUACUUAUGGUUUUAGACCGCAAUGCUGGUACUUCAUUGGUCUUGAACAUACAAGCAAGAAUGCAGAAAGUGAAAUUAGAUUAUAUGUAGACGGGUCUUUAUAUGAAAUUCGUCCUUUCGAGUUUCCUAGGAUUUCCAAACCCCUUGCAUUUUGCUGCAUAGGAACUAACCCUCCUCCUACAAUGGCUGGCUUGCAACGCCAUCGCCGUCAAUGCCCUUUGUUUGCUGAGAUGGGGCCUGUUUACAUCUUCAAAGAAUCAAUUGGACCAGAAAGGAUGGCACGCUUGUUUUCUAGAGGAGGGGAUGUAGUACCUUCUUUUGGUAAUGCAGCUGGGCUACCAUGGCUCGCAACUAAUGCAUAUGUGCAGAGCAAGGCAGAGGAAAGUGUUCUUUUGGAUGCAGAAAUUGGAGAUUUCAUUCACCUACUCUAUCAUCCUAGUUUGCUUAGUGGGCGUUUCUGCCCAGAUGCUUCACCUUCUGGUGCUGCAGGUCUGCUUCGACGCCCAGCUGAGGUUCUUGGGCAAGUUCAUGUUGCUGCACGAAUUCGACCUGUAGAUGCUUUGUGGGCAUUGGCUUUUGGUGGUCCAUUAUCUUUGCUUCCCUUAGCAAUUUGCAAUAUUCAUGAGGACACUCUAGAACCACGGCAAGGGAAUAUUUCUGUGUCUGUAGCCACUACAUCUCUUGCUGGUCCAAUAUUUCGAAUUAUAUCAAUGGCUUCUCAACAUCCGAGGAACAAUGAGGAGUUGGUUCGUUGCAAAGGACCUGAGAUUCUUUCAAAGAUUUUAAAUUAUCUUCUCCAAACCUUGUCUUCACUUUGUGAUGAAAAGCAUGAUGGUGUUGGUGAUGAGGAACUUGUUGUUGCAGUUGUCUCACUUUGUCUAUCUCAGAAAAUCAACCAUAUGCUCAAAGUGCAGCUCUUCACUUCACUGUUGCUGGAUUUAAAAAUUUGGAGCUUAUGCAGUUAUGGCAUACAAAAGAAGCUUCUAUCAUCACUUGCUGACAUGGUUUUCACUGAGUCGGUAGUGAUGCGAGAUGCCAAUGCCAUUCAGAUGCUUCUUGAUGGCUGCAGAAGAUGCUAUUGGACUGUUCCUGAAAAAGAUUCAGUAAAUAAUUUUUCACUAAUUGGAUCAACAAGACCGGUGGGUGAGAUCAAUGCUUUGGUUGACGAACUCUUAGUGGUAAUUGAACUUCUAAUAGUGGCAGGAUCUCCUUCAUUGGUCUCGGAUGAUGUUCGAUGUUUACUUGGAUUCGUGAUUGACUGUCGGCAACCAGGUCAGAUUGCUAGGGUGUUACAUCUCUUCUACAGGUUGGUUGUGCUGCCUAAUACAGCUAGAGCUCACUCAUUUGAAAAAGCAUUCCUAGCAUGUGGUGGGAUAGAAACUCUUCUUGUUCUUCUCCAAAGGGAAGCUAAAGCUGGAGAAAGUGAUGUCCUGGAAUCCUUGUCAAGGAAUCCUGAAUUUCAAAAAACUAAAACUGAUGGUGACAGUGGAAUCACAAAAACAUGUCAUGAUGCUGAAGGGUCCAAUGUGAAAAGUUCUCAAUCUUUUGAUAGUGGCAGUAACAUUGAUCCUAGUUCCCCUGAUGCAUAUAGUGAAAGGAUGACAUUUAUGUCAGAAACUCCAUCUGUCAAGAAUUUGGGAGGCAUAAGUAUAUCCAUCAGUGCUGACAGUGCAAGGAAAAAUGUUUAUAAUGUUGAUAAAAGUGAUGGCAUUGUUGUUGGGAUUGUUGGUCUCUUAGGUGCUUUAGUAGCUUCUGGCCAUCUGAGGUUUGAUAAAAGUGAUACAACAAGCAACCUUUUGGGUGUUGGACUGCAUGAUGGAGGUGGUACAAUGUUUGAUGAUAAGGUUUCUUUUCUUUUUUAUGCCUUAGAAAAGGCUUUCCAAGCAGCACCCAAUAGGCUAAUGACAGACGAUGUCUAUACAGCUUUGUUGACGGCCUCGAUCAAUGCCUCUUCAACAGAGAAUGAGCUGAACUUCUAUGAUUCUGGCCAUCGCCUGCAGCAUUCACAACUUUUAUUGGUGCUUUUGCAUUCCCUUCCAUUUGCACCUAGGACUCUACAAAGCAGAGCACUACAGGAUCUUCUAUUUUUGGCUUGCAGUCAUCCAGAAAAUAGAGGGAUUCUGACAGAUAUGGAGGAAUGGCCUGAAUGGAUUCUGGAGGUCCUAAUCUCAAACUAUGAGUUCGGUCCAAGCAAAUCAUCUGAUUCGACAAGCCUUGGGGACAUAGAGGACCUUAUAUAUAAAUUCCUUGUUUUCAUGCUGGAACAUUCAAUGCGCGAAAAAGAUGGAUGGAAGGAUACUGAAGCAACAAUUCAUUGUGCAGAAUGGCUUUCUAUUAUAGGUGGAUCUAGCACAGGAGAACAGCGAAUUAGACGUGAAGAAUCUUUACCUAUAUUUAAGAGAAGACUCUUCAGUGGCUUGCUGGAAUUUGCUGCUAGAGAAUUGCAGGUCCAGACUCAAAUUAUUGCUAUGGCUGCUGCUGGGGUUGCAGCCGAGGGUUUGUCUCCAAAUGCUGCCAAGGCAGAGGCUGAGAAUGCUACUCACCUGUCUGUAGCUUUGGUGGAGAAUGCCAUUGUGAUACUUAUGCUUGCUGAGGAACAUUUACGGUCACAGAGCAAGCAAUCCUCUUCUUUACGCCCUACAGACGGCUCUCCAUCUCCCCUCUCUCUCUUUUAUCCAGUCCAUUAUAACUUAAAGCCAUUGACCAACACAAGUGCAGAAUCAGCAGAACUCAGGGGUGAUCGCACAUCAUCAUCUAGCAACUCUGGGGGAGUCUCUCUUGAUGUACUUUCUUCAAUGGCUGAUGAAAAUGGUCAGAUCUCUACUUCAGUUAUCGAAAGGCUUGCUGCAGCAGCUGCAGCUGAUCCAUAUGAAUCUGUUUCUUGUGCUUUUAUAUCAUAUGGGUCCUGUGCUAAGGAUUUAGCAAUUGGGUGGAAAUAUAGAAGCCGUUUAUGGUAUGGUGUUGGCCUUCCAUCAAAUACAGCCUCUCUUGGUGGUGGUGGGAGUGGAUGGGAUUUUUGGAAGUCUUUAUUGGAGAAAGAUGCCAAUGGCUACUGGAUUGAGCUUCCUUUGGUGAAGAAGUCUAUGGAAAUGCUGCAAGCAUUGUUGCUAGAUGAGUCCGGGCACGGUGGUGGUCUUGGUAUAGGUGGAGGGUCAGGUACCGGAAUGGGAGCAAUGACUGCGUUAUACCAGCUUUUAGACAGUGACCAGCCAUUCUUGUGCAUGCUUCGGAUGGUUCUUCUAUCAAUGAGGGAAGAUGAUGAUGGGGAAGACCAUAUGCUGACAAAAACUGCAAGUAGCAUCGGUGCAGUGCCUGAAGGAAGGAAACUACAGUCAGCACUUUUGUGGAGUGUUCUCGCCCCUAUUCUCAACAUGCCAGUUUCUAAUUCUAAGAAACAAAGAGUCUUGGUUGCAUGUUGUGUGCUUUAUUCCGAGGUAUACCAUGCUGUGAGCAUAGACCGAAAAAUUCUUCGUAAAAAGUACCUUGAGGCUAUCUUACCACCAUUUAUUGCUGUCUUAAGGAGGUGGCGCCCUCUUUUAGCCAGAAUUUAUGAACUUGCAACUGCAGAUGGUUUGAAUCCUCUUAUGGUUGAUGAUGAUGCACUAGCUUCUUAUGCCGAGUCAAUUGAGGCUGCUCUUGAUAUGAUAUCUCCAACCUGGGCUGCUGCUUUUGCAUCUCCACCUGCUGCGAUGGCAUUGUCUAUGAUUGCAGCUGGUACUUCAGGUGCAGAAAAUCAUGCUCCUUCGUCAAAUGCGCAGAUUAGGCGUGAAACCUCAUUGCUGGAACGGAAACAUGCUAGGCUUCAUUCAUUUUCAAGCUUUCAAAAACCUCUGGCAGUCCCUAACAAAACAUCACAGAUACCAAAGAGCAAAGCAGCUGCGAAAGAUGCUGCAUUGGCAGCUGCUCGCGAUCUUCAACGGUUUUCAAGGAUUGGUUCUGGAAGAGGUCUUAGUGCAGUUGCAAUGGCUACAUCUGAACAGCGAAGGAGUGCUAGUGAUAUGGAGCGGGUUAAAAGAUGGAAUAUUACUGAAGCAAUGGGAGUUGCCUGGAUGGAAUGUCUGCAGCCAAUUGAUACAAAGUCGGUGUACGAGAAAGAUUUCAAUGCUUUGUCAUAUAAAUUUAUUGCUGUUCUUGUUGCCAGUUUUGCCCUAGCAAGGAAUAUGCAGCGAUCUGAGAUUGACAGGCAUGCUCGUGCAAAUAUAAUAUGUCAGCAUCACAUCAGCACUGGAAUUCAUGCAUGGCGCAAACUUAUUCGCCAGUUAAUCGAGAUGAGAAGUCUUUUUGGGCCUUUUGCGGAUUAUUUGUACCGCCCACUUCGUGUUUUCUGGAAGCUAGAUUUUACGGAAAGUUCUUCCCGGAUGAGAAGAUGUAUGAGAAGGAAUUAUCAAGGCUCUGAUCAUUUAGGUUUCGCUGCGAAUUAUGAGGAUUAUUCAGGGGAGAACAAUGAUCACACCACUCCAGUUUUAUCUGCAGAAGCAAUUACAAUAGAAGAUGUAAAUGAAGAUGAAGAACAGGCGGAAACUGAAAAUUUGGAUGCUAGGAUUGAUGAUAUUGAAGACAAAGUAGAGAAUCAACCUAAUUUUUCAAAAGCAGCUGAAAAAGUUGCACAAGAAUCUUUAGAAUCCUCUGCUAUUCAACACGAAAGUGAUGAGGGUGUUGUUCAGAGUUCUUCAGCCUUUGCACCCGGUUAUGUUCCAAGUGAGCUUGAUGAAAGAAUUGUUAUUGAGCUACCAUCAACAAUGGUCCAGUCACUUAGGGUUGUACAGGGAACCUUCCAAGUGACUAGUAGGAGGAUAAAUUUUAUAGUUGAUAAUAAUGAGAUCAACACCACGAUGGAUGGUAAGAAAUUUGGUUCUGAGGCACGGGACCUAGAAAAGAAUCGCAGCUGGUUAUUAUCUGCUCUUCAUCAAAUUUAUAGUCGGAGAUAUCUUCUUAGAAGAAGUGCAUUGGAGCUAUUUCUGGUGAACCGUUCCAACUUCUUCUUUGACUUUGGGAGUAGCGAGGGGCGAAGAAAUGCAUAUCAAGCAAUUGUUCAUGCUCACCCUCCAUAUUUAAACAAUAUAUAUUUAGCUACUCAGAGGCCUGGACAACUUUUGAAAAGAGCCAAGCUUAUGGAGCGUUGGGCUAGGUGGGAGAUAAGUAAUUUUGAGUAUCUAAUGCAACUCAAUACAUUGGCUGGGCGUAGUUAUAAUGACAUAACCCAGUAUCCCGUUUUCCCUUGGAUUCUUUCUGAUUAUAAUUCAGAGAACUUGGAUCUUUCUAAUCCUUCUUCUUACCGGGACCUUUCAAAGCCUGUUGGAGCACUGAACCCAGAUCGUCUGCAAAAAUUUCAAGAGAGAUACACUAGCUUUGAUGACCCCGUCAUCCCUAAGUUCCACUAUGGAUCACACUACUCAAGUGCAGGAACAGUUUUAUAUUAUCUUGUUAGGGUUGAACCAUUCACUACCCUUGCAAUCAAACUACAUGGUGGAAAAUUUGAUCAUGCAGAUCGAAUGUUUUCUGAUAUUUCUGCUACAUGGAAUGGAGUUCUUGAGGACAUGAGUGAUGUGAAGGAAUUGGUUCCUGAGCUAUUUUAUCUCCCUGAGGUCCUCACAAAUGAAAAUUCAAUUGAUUUUGGCACAACAAAAUUGGGAGAAAAGCUUGAUACUGUAAAACUUCCUGCUUGGGCUGAGAAUCCAGUUGAUUUUGUGCACAAGCAUAGGAUGGCUCUGGAGAGUGAGUAUGUAUCUGCUCAUUUGCAUGAGUGGAUUGACCUCAUAUUUGGGUAUAAGCAACAGGGCAAAGAGGCCAUUGCAGCAAAUAAUGUUUUCUUUUAUACUACCUAUGAAGGGACAGUGAACAUUGAUAAAAUAUCUGACCCAGUGCAACAACGUGCCACACAAGAUCAGAUUGCUUAUUUUGGACAAACACCAUCCCAACUUCUGACUGUUCCUCACUUGAAGAGGAAGCCACUAUCAGAAGUUCUGCAUUUGCAGACAAUAUUCCGCAACCCAAAAGCAAUCAAACCAUAUGCUGUUCCAUCCCCUGAGCACUGCAAUCUACCAGCGGCCGCUAUCCACGCUUCUUCAGAUAUGGUUGUGGUUGUUGGUUUGAAUGCACCAGCAGCUCAGGUUGCACAGCACAAGUGGCAACCCAAUACACCUGAUGGCCAGGGUACACCAUUCUUCUUUCAACACGGAAAAGCUACAUCUGGCUCUGCGGGUGGGAAUCUUAUACGCAUGUUCAAAGGUCCUGCUGGGACUGGCGAAGAGUGGCAAUAUCCCCAGGCAUUGGCUUUUGCUGUUUCUGGAAUUAGAAGCCAAGCUAUUGUUUCUAUAACAUGUGACAAAGAAAUUAUUACUGGUGGGCAUGCUGACAAUAGUAUUAGGUUAAUAUCCUCAGAUGGAGCUAAAACCUUGGAAACAGCCCAUGCACACUGUGCACCUGUAACUUGCGUUGCUCUUUCAGCCAAUAGUGACUACCUGGUAACAGGAUCCCGAGAUACAACAGUAUUACUCUGGAGAAUACACAGGGCACUUGCAUCUCACUCAAGUGUCGUCGGAGAAUCUUCUACUGUGUCUGGCACGAUGCCUUCAACCAGCAGUAGCUCUGCAUCACCUCUGUUGUUAGAAAAGAAUCAUAGACGUCGUAUUGAGGGACCUAUUCAGGUACUUAGGGGGCACCACAGUGAAAUACUCAGUUGUUGUGUCAGCUCAGAUCUUCGAAUGGUUGUUUCGUGCUCCCACUCAUCAGAUGUUCUCCUGCACUCUAUAAGAAAGGGACGUUUAAUCAGAAGGCUGGAUGGCGUGGUGGCCGAUACUGUUUGCCUUUCCUCUGAUGGGUUUGUCAUGACUUGGAAUGAAUCGCAGCAUAUUCUUAGUACCUUUACUCUUAAUGGUAUUCUGAUUGCAAAAACAGAAUUACCUUUCUCUAGCAGCAUUAGUUGCAUGGAAAUUUCUGUUGAUGGGAGGAGUGCUUUGAUUGGAAUUAAUUCUCAAGAAAAUGGUAGAGCCUAUAACAAUAGUUGUAAUUCGCAAUCGAAAGAAACUCACGAUUGCAACAAAAUAAAUGCUCCAUCACCAUCAAUUUGCUUCCUGGAUUUGCACACUUUGGAGGUAUUUCAUGUAUUGAGGCUGAAAGAAGGACAGGAUAUCACAGCUCUUGCUCUAAAUAAGGAUAACACAAAUCUUUUGGUUUCAACUUGGGAUAAACAAUUGAUUAUCUUUACUGAUCCGGCUUUGAGCUUGAAAGUGGUUGAUCAAAUGCUCAAGCUUGGUUGAGAAGGUGAUGGGCUUAAGCACCUCAUAAAAUGAUAAGCUUUUAGGGCAUACGAAAGUGGAUAACAGGUCUUUUAUACAUAAUAACUAAUAGGAAAACAGAAUGGAGUUAUAGCACUCCUGUUUGUAAGCAUUAUGGUUGCAUCUAUAUGCUUCGGAGAGAUCUUGUAACAUGUAACAACCAACUCUGACCGGUUACCACCAUAGUAUUAGGUUAUGAGAUUUAGUAUAGGGUUCUUUUGCUCUCCCAGUUGAGCUGAAAUAUUAAUAUCUAACAAGCUUUUGACUGAGGUUUGAGUCAAUAUAGUUUUGUUCUCUAUUUUUUUAUUAUGGUGAAAAUAGCAUAGCCCUUCUUUCUUCUAACACUUUCCAGAUGUAAUA